AUGGUCUGUCAAAAUCCAGAAAACUGCUGCGGUGGCUCAUGCCUUAGUAACAAACUACCAAAGCCAACGAGCUCAGAUGAGGAAACCUAUGCUGAGAGUAGCUCUCCAGGUAAAUGUGAUAAGCAUGCACGUGGAGUCUGCUGCAGAGAACUCAAGGGUGAUGAUGAGCGCAACCUGAUUGAUCCAGAUUUCGUCAAGGAUGCUAUUAUUGGUUUGAGUGACGGUUUGGCAGUACCACCUGCACUCGUGGCUGGAUUAGCUGGAUUGGGUGAUUCUAAGCUCGUUAUUCUCGGUGGUCUCAGUGAAAUAGUUGCAGGUGCAAUUAGUAUGGGUUUGGGUGGUUAUCUCGCUGCAGAAGCUGAAAUGAACCACUUCAAAUAUCUCCGUAGAGUCACUAGACAGAGAGUUGCUCGCUCGUGCGCCGGUGAAAUGGAAAGAGAAGUUCAUGACGUGCUCGGUUCAGUCGGUUUAUCAGAAGAAAUCUCAAAUGAAGUCACUACAAGUCUCACCAAGCUAGAACCACCAGCACCAGCACAAGCGCCAUCUUCAUUCUUGAGAAGUUUAAUAGAAAAAUUUGCCAAAAAACCAACACAAUUGCAUACACCUGAAGAAGGAGACUUGAGAUGGUCAGAUGAAUUUGGUUUGACAGCAUUUUUGCUCAAAUAUGGCGAAGGAGUUGAAGAAGUCCCAACAUCUAAGCUUAUUAAGUCAGCUAUAACAGUUGGAAUGGGAUAUGCAAUUGGUGGUAUGUGGCCAUUGCUCCCAUUCUUUUUCAUCAGCGAAGCGCAUGAAGCAUUCAAAAUUUCAAUCCUUGUUACAAGCUUUGUCUUGUUCACAUUCGGUAUUCUGAAACAAUAUUACACCGGUGGUACAGGUGGUUUCGGUGGAUACCUCUAUGGUGGUAUUUCCAUGCUUGUUGUUGGUGCACUCGCUGCUGGAUCUGCCUAUGGUCUCGUUAAGGCCUUCGACACACGCUAA